CUCUCAUUGUAACAGAAAAGGAAUUUGUCUCCGAGAUCGUAAUCAACGAGAUCAAGAUGGAGUGCAGGGGAUUAGUCGAUCCCUUGGUAAACUGGGUGAAGGAAGGGUCAGACGGGGACUGGUCUCCUUCCCAUCCCACCGACGCUCAACGUGAGUCCAUCCUUUUCCUCUGCGGAGCAUUUCUGUUCAUCCUCAUCUUCUGGCAAGGAAAAAUCGCGUACUGGUAUACAACAAAACGAAUGAGAAACAAGAAGACUGCAGUGAUCAAGAAAGUGAGAGUUUGGAAAAGCGUGCCUAUACCCAUAUUGUGGCCAUUUAAGAUCUUGACAGUACUUUACCACGAGCUUUCACAUGCUGUCGUAGGAAUGCUUACGAUCUGGUGGAGGGAAGUCAUGUAUGGCAGACCUGCACAAAGAGGGCGAAUAGAAUUCAUCAUGGUCGACAAGUAUGAGGGAGGGCUAACGCAGUUUGGAGGAGACACCAAACCAAAUUACGCCCUGACUCUGCCUGCUGGCUAUGUAGGAAGCUGCCUCAUAGGCUGCUGGUUCUUGUUCACGGGGUUCAAUGCCAAAUGGUCAAAGUAUGGUGCACUUAGCCUCUUAUGUUUGACUGUCAUAGCAACCAUUGUAUGUGCAUUUGUCAAGGUCAAAUAUGCUAUAAUACAUCACUGGCAUAGAAUUUGCGCAUGGGGUUUCCGGUGGAUAUUCUGCAAUAAAGAGAAAGCUCGCGAGAAGAUGGACAAUCACUUUGCGUCAACGAGAACAAGAAACGAAAAAGCAAACUACUAUCACGACGACAGUGAGGAGGAUGGAGGACCCACUGAACAUGAUCUACAUGUCUCCCAAGAUAUAAUCAUUGGCUGUUCUUUACUCGUCGGUAUCCUACUAUGGGCGGCAUGGAACUGGGAUGAUUCUAUCUACCUUCGUUUCGCCAUGCUUGGCAUGGGCCUUCUUAGCGCUCUAUAUGCUGUUUGGGACAUUGCACUCGACGGUAUCAAGUAUGCAGAAGUGGCAGAAUCCGAUGCCACAUUGAUGGCUGAAGUCUAUAAUCAAAGUAUUCAAGAGUACAAUGGACUACAUCCUCAUCACCCCAAGCGUGAAAGGGGAGCCCGCUUCUACGCAUUCAUAUGGCUUUCCGCCAAAGUGGUUGUCAUAAUCGCUGUUCUCAUUGGUGCCUACUUUAGCUUCAGAGAAACCGUCGCUCAGCAAGCCAUCCAAUCACGAGGGUUUUUGCCUGCACAGUUCCAUUAUGGCCUAGCUGAUCUCCGAGAAGACACCAAAGGCGCUUCCGAUGCCGUUUCGGAUACUGUGUCAGGUUGGAUUGAUGACAACUGACGAUCAUACCUGAUGUAUGGGCGCAUUACUAGACAAACAAAGGGGUAAUGAUGCGGGUUUAGACCAUCUGCUGUCGUCCUGUACUGUUUUUGGAGAUUUUAUUCUCCCAGUAGUAUUAUAUAGUGAAGGGUGUUUUACAACGAUAGCCCGGAAGAGGGCAUAUUAUUACUGUCGAACGCAACUAGGGUAGGAUAAGUGUUGCAGUAGUUUUACUUCUUACAGUAGCAUACAGUCGUUCUUCCUGUCUUCCGUCCUAGACCCUUGAUGAGUCUCUCCUCUUUCUCGCGCUGAGCAGUCUUGUCUGUGUUAUCUUUUUCCGCUGCUUCUUC